UAUAAAACGGGCCCCCGAGCUGUGAUUAUCAUCGGAGAAGCGCGAGAUAACUGAAGCAGAGCAGCAGCAGCAGCAGCGAAACUAAACAACACCAGAAUGUUCACCACAGUGCUGAUAGUGGGAAUUGCCAUCGCUGGAAUGGUGACGAGCCAACCACCGCCACCGGAUGCAUCCUGCUUCCAACCGGACCGCACCGUAACGGUGGACGAUUGUUGCCGUAUGCCGCGAUCGUUCAGCCAAGCCGUGAUGGACAAGUGCAGCGCCCAGCGCCCAACCCAGAUGCCGGCACCGGGUGUACCCCGUACGGAGGGUUGUUGCAUGAUGCAGUGCAUCUUGACGGAGAUCGGUGGAUUCGCUAACAAUGUGCUGAAUACGGACGCGAUCAAGAGCGCACUGGCUGGUACGUUGGGUGCGGAUGCGACGCUGGCACCGCUGGUUGGCACUACGGUCGAUAACUGCGCUCGCCAGAUACAGAACGAUCCGGCGUAUGCUGUGGCACCGAUUUCUGCUUCUCCGGACCGUGCCGGGUGUAGCUUCGUACCGCAGGGCUUCAUGAACUGUCUCCACUCGACGCUGUUCAAGAGCUGCCCCAGCAGCCUGUGGACAGAGAGCAGCGAUUGUCAGGGAUUGAAGCAGAAGAUCGAUAGUGGAUGUCCCUUCUUCGCUCUCCGUGGCCGUGGCCCACCAAACUAAUGGGCGUGCACCGGCACCACCGCUCUCUUCUUGACCCCCAAAACCACCCGGAACGAAAUGGCGUUUCCUGAAUAAACCUAUUAGC